CCAUAAUGUCUAGCGUCGUCACAGCCGCUACGCCAACGACGAAUGUCUAAGAAGACAAGUUUAGUGCAGAGCGCACGUUUCAUAUCUCAAUUCGAUUCCAAUACGACGACGACGAAUCAAAUAAAAACACACACAUGAAAUGAUUUCGUUAUGGGCGAUGGGCUCACUGUUGUUGAUUCUCUUUUCUGUCUGCCCUUUUGCCUCCCCACCAAUACCAAUUGCUCUGAUGGUUAAUUUCUUGUUUAAUUCCAUUUCUCAUUCGGAUUGUGAUCGUCGUCGUCCACGCCACGGACGGUAAAGUAGUUUUUUGUGCGGGAAUACAGUGUUCUUCAGUGUCUUUCCUUUUCUUCUUUUUGUGUAAUUCCUCCCAAGAGAAAUAUGCAAUUUCAUGCAAACGCACAAUGGAAUUAAUUUGAUAUGACAGUGACUCAGUGUCAGUGGCGAAAUGUAACAAUUGUGAAAAUAGAAGGCGAGAAGUAGAAAACAAAAAAACAACGGUUCUUAUAAUCAAUAAGGUGUCGCGAAGCAGCAAGAAAUAUUGAAAAUUAUGCCAAAAUCAAACAAGCAAGAAAAAAUUAUAUCGCCAGCAAAACAAAAACAACGGUAAACGAAGUAAAACAUGUCUAACGGGUGUUUACUUGAAUUACAUUAAAAAAUUAAUUCAACAAUUGCCCAUUGCUCGUGUCACAGAGAGAGAUCAGUGUACUGCGAGUGAAAUUUUGGCGGUUUGACAAGCAGUGAUUGGAAAUAAAAAAAAAAGUGCUAUAGCAAGUGUGUUCCAAACUGUUUGGAACAAAAACAAAUACAAAAAACAUUCAAAAUUGUGAACCUGAUGCAACUCAAUACGAUGGACUGCACCGGCCGUUCGAAUGCAAAUGAACGCGAUUCGGAGCUAGGGGAUGAUAUGUCACAUGAGGACCACUCGGAUGAUGAACUGCGCGACUGUGACUCGGUUGAAGGAGACCAUAUGACAAGAGUGGGUUCUCGCUUAAAUGCGUCGAUGACCAGCAAUGGUGGUGACAUUACAGCGCAUGAACAUGCCACUGAGAUGCAGAUGAGCCAUCACCAUCAGUUUCCACCCAACCAUCCUUUGAAUGCGUUGAAUAAUUUCAUGGGUAUGAGCGGUUUACAUGGGAUUCCGAGUUUGCAACACAAUGAUGUAUUAGAGAAGCUCAAGAUGCAGGUUCGCGACAUGAAAGUCGGAUUAAUGGAUCAGGACUAUGUGGCUGCACAUGCAGCUGCAUUCGGUGCAAAUGUAAUGCCGACUUCGAUUAACACUGCUUUCUCAUUACCGCCCACGACAAUGGCUUCCUUCACGCAUGCUGCCCAGACUCUGGCCGCACAGGCCAGCAACAACUCACAUCUUGGAACAAAUGCCACAUUGGUUCCACCAGGAGGAUCAACAAGCAUGGCGACCAAUGGCGGGCACAACGGCAACUCUAAUUUCUCGUUUACCUCACCAACAGCUCCAAACGCAAAAGACGUUAAUCCUGCCUCGAAUUCUUCAACCUCCAGUGAGACCUCUAACUCUUCGCAACAAAAUAAUGGCUGGAGUUUUGAAGAGCAAUACAAACAAGUUCGUCAGUUGUACGAAAUCAAUGAUGACCCAAAACGCAAGGAAUUUCUCGACGAUCUCUUUUCGUUUAUGCAAAAAAGAGGCACACCCAUCAAUCGACUGCCAAUUAUGGCCAAAUCCGUAUUGGAUCUGUACGAGCUGUACAACCUGGUGAUUGCGCGCGGAGGUCUGGUCGAUGUCAUCAACAAGAAGUUAUGGCAAGAAAUUAUUAAGGGCCUGCAUUUGCCGUCGAGCAUAACAAGUGCUGCCUUUACCCUAAGAACACAAUACAUGAAGUACUUGUAUCCCUAUGAAUGCGAAAAAAAGAAUUUAAGUACACCGGCGGAACUUCAGGCUGCAAUUGACGGCAAUCGUAGGGAGGGGCGUCGUUCCAGCUAUGGCCAAUACGAGGCUAUGCACAGUCAAAUGCAAAUGCCUCCAAUGGCCCGGCCAAAUUUGCCCGGAGGAAUGCAACAGAUGUCCCCAUUAGCAUUGGUCACACAUGCAGCUGCUGCCAAUAAUCAACAAGCUCAAGCUGCACUUCAGCAGGCUCACCACAGACUGAUGGCUCCCACAUUUGGCCAAGUGCCAAAUCUGGUGACCCAAGAGAUCGAACAGCGCAUGAUCGAGUAUUUAAAGCUGAUACAGGUGAAAAAGGAACAGAAUGUGAUAGGCAAUGGAGGUUCAGGCGCUAUGGGAUUGUCGCCACAUCAUCAGCAGCAUCACCAGCAACAGCACCACCAGCAGCAGCAGCAACAACAACAACAGCAGCAGCAACAACAACAGAGACAACGAUCUCCUCAAAGUCCUGAAAUAAGUCCAAGAGAGGCUCUAAAUGCAUUGGAAAUGUCCCGCGUAGCCUUGUGGCAAAUGUAUCACAACAAUACCAGUCCACCUCCUGCUUCGGCAAAUGUAUUACCUGGCGCAGAAGCUCAACGUAGCGAAGCUCUCAACUUGUCGGAUUCACCGCCAGGGGUCACCUCAAUAAAACGCGAACGAGAGCGCGCUCCCAGUCCUGAUGCGAAUGAGCGUGACGAUGAGUUUCAACACCAACCACCGCCACCAAAACGUGCCGGUUUUCCGGCCAGCUUCUACCUACCACCUGGCAUGGCCGCUGCGGCGGCUGCUGUAAACUUCCACUAUAAAAACAGCAACAAUGAGCCACACGACUCCGAUGCAGAGGCGGACGAAGAGCACGAUGACGAUGGUGACCACAACACCACUGCAGACACUUCUCAUGACGAUACUCUUGAACGGCAACAGUUGAACGGCAUAACGGCUCGACCUCCCCGCCACCACGGCAGCAGCAGUAGCGUUCACAAUGACAAGUCGGACGAUUCUGCAAUUGAAAAUUCGCCUUCAACGUCGGCGGCGUCCGCAGGUAAUGGACACAUUUCGCCGGUGUCCACUAAGAAAAUCCACUUAUCCAAACAGCAUAUGCAAAAUCAAACCACCGAAUCCAGUGGGGGAUGCGCUGAGGGAGGUAACUGUGUAACAACUAACUCUUCACUUGGUCCUUUGGAUGCCUUGAAUUUGUUGUCGGGCAUGCAAUUCCGAAUCACACGUAAUGGUACCAACGAGAACGGAGAACAGCAACUGGUGGUUAACCUUGAAUUAAAUGGUGUCAAAUACUCCGGGCUAUUGAUUGCGAAUACAGCGAACUCAGCACGGGAGACCACAGCCACCAACACAUCCGUAACAAUGGAUAACCAUUGCGGCAUCAACAAUGUUGACACUGACAAUACCACCUCCACCACCAACCAUCGCACCACCGCACAAUGUAUUGAGGUGGCGCCCACAGACACAACGCUGCCCGAUGCACAUGAAAUGACGGUGCGUGAGCCAGAAGCACUGCAAAAGACAAAGCACACAAAUUCUACUCUGUCAAACGGCCCCAAUGCAAACACCCUCAAGGAUGCGCUAAUAACAUCAUAGGUCACACAUCCCCCUCCCAUCACAGCCUACGCUGCUACACAGUCGACUUGAUUGAAGGCAUACAGCACACAUUGAAUGUCAUUGAUGUCCUUUCGUCGUAGUCUUAGAAAAAGCCCACCUUUAAAUAGAACAAAUAUAAUAAUAAGCAGGUGCCUAUCCAAGUAGCUGCUGACAGCUGACAACCGAUACUCGACGCAAGAUUACACUCCUAGAGUGCAAAAAAAUUCAACACAGUUGACGGAAACAGCAACCCUUUAUUGUGGCAUCUCCAAAUACAGGCCAUACUCACUCAACUGUAACAGUCCUGGGGUAUAAGGCAACGAUAAAUACUAGCACAACACAUGCCAAAGGAGCUUUUCUAUGUUGAGUAAACACGCAAACCGCAACAGCUAAAAUGAAAAUCUCAGCCUCUAAAUGUUACACUAACAGCCAGCUAACUGCCCGGAUGGAGAUGCCGAGGGCGUGGACGUGGACAUAUGGACAGCAAUAACAUGACAUGAUUUUAAUUAAACAACAAGUGUGAGUGAAAUAGCCCCGCCAGCCCGGAAACAACAAUCCAGGGAGUCUGUUAAGUUUUAUUUUAGAGUGUGAACUAUCGAAUGAGUGCCCCCUGACCACCAAGCUCGACAAAGAAAUUUUGUAAAUAUUUGUUCUAUUUACUUCAAAGAAUUGUAUUUAAGUCCGGCAAAGACCAUAAAAUGUUUUCUUCUUUUCCAAAAUCGGGCGUUAGCUUUUGCGGAACCAAGUCCUGCCUGCUCACCGAAGUACUACCAGCAUGAACAACAAAACUCAACCUUUCCCACACGCAUUUGCCGCUUCGACCUAUGCUAUAAUUAGUUUUAAGUUUAUGUUAAAUUUUAAAUUAAAUGUGUAUUUAUAGAUAACCAUUGAAACGUAUGUAUUAAGCAGCCCGACCGCUGAACUAAGCCAAUGUCUUCGUAGUAAAACGGACGGACGGAUACAUACAGCCGUUAAAUGUAUCCUUCGCAUAUAGAGUGUUCUGGCGCCAACGCCACCCACCAUACUACCUUCACUUCACGAGGUUAGCGCGUGUGUGUAUGUAGCGGAAAACACAUGAGCUUGAGAAGCUUCAUAUAUCAAUUUGUAACCUUUUAAGUACACCAUAAUUUUGAAAAAAAAGAAAAAAAUUUGUUAUGCGGUGCAAAUUGAGAAGCAAUAAAGAGUGGCAGUUGUUUUAUUACUCCUCUGCUUCACAUUCAUUCUUUUAGUCCGAAAGGUUGCACUGCAACUCUUUUGAAAUGCGUUUGCUGAUCCAUUAUUGUUUCCUUUGGCUUUGAAUUAAAAUCGAAAUGCUUAGUUACAACAACAAAAGACACUGAUGUAGAUGUAAUUAAUUUAAAUGUAACAACAAUAAUUAUAUUUAGGAUAACUCUCAUUAUUACUUACUAUUAUCAAUAUACUCCCGAACCUACUAUUAUCAAUUGAUUCCCAUAUGAAUUUAGCUUGAAUUUACACGCUCGUUCGAUAGAACGAACGAAUGAAGGAUAGUUGAUUAAGUCUCAUUUUAUGUGUACUCAUAUAAGCAGUUAUCCUAACUAGCCCUCCUACUGUUCUGUGUAAAUAUUAUCAUACAGUCGUAGUUACAAAGAGCCUAUUUAAAAUAAAGUAGUCAUAGAUGAAAACAGUAAUAAACUUUAUUUAAUAUAUAAAACCAAAACUA